AUGCCGUUGUUCAUCGUUGGCGGUGUCGUUGGGAUGGCUCGUGAUGGUGGUGGCGUUGGCGUCGUCGAUGCUAUGGCUAAAGACGCGUCGAUGUUGGAAGAGCAUGCGCGUUCGCACGAAGAAGGUGAGCAGUGUCCAUUGUGCUCGGAUCGAACGCUAAAACUUACUGAACACCUGAUUCAGGAGCACAAAAUCGCCGAAUCGGCCGUCGAACGACUACUGGCCGUACAUCGACCCGAACCAUCAAACUCGGGCAACUUCACCUAUCGUUGUGCUCAAUGUACAAUGGCGUUUCGAUCAGAAAAUGCGCUCCGAUCACACUCGAUUUUACAUUUAUUUGCACCAACACAACGUUGCUCACUAUGUCAGAAAAUGUGUUCCAAUGAUGAUGAGCUAAAGACCCAUAUGGAAAGUGAUCAUCCGCAAGACGACGAAACAGCCCGGUGUGAUUUGUGUGCGGAGACGUUUUCAUCCCGAACAGCUUUAAUCGCUCAUAUCAAUUCGGUACGACAUCUGCAUAGGGCUAAGAAGCAACUGGAAGCCCAGGGAUCCGUUGAUUUAAGCAGUCAGGUAAGUAUCGAUGGCAAAUUAAUUGAUCGAUAA